UCUCUUCCCCUCUCUCUUCUCUCCAUGUCUCUCUCUUCUGCCGCUUUUAUAUUUCAUAUUCCGCGAUUAUCUACCUAACACGCGAAGGAUCUGGUGACGGCGUCUUUAUCGAAGAUGGAAGAUGAUAUUUGUAGAAUUGAAACGGAUGAAGACAUAGUUGCUUCCGAUGAAGGUGAAAACGUCUUUAUCGAGUCGGCGUUCGCCUACAAUACCCUGCCACAGGCGAUAAUUUCUCCAGAGCUUCAAUUGCACUUUAUGUUGCCGACGAGGGAGAAACCUCUGGUUCCUCUAGAUUCGGUCACCGGAAGCCAAACAAAAGCAAUUCGAAAGGUCUUGGUGUUCGAACAACUUCCAUGCAAUAAGUUUUUUGCCGAGAGGACAUGGUGUUCGUUACUUCAAAACAGUUCUUUUGCAAUCGAUAGAUUGGAAUUGUUGUCAUGUUCAAAUGUAGGAUUUGAAGCUAUAAAUAUAAACUACACUAUAUAUGACUAUACUCAUAUAGUCACAUGUGGUCAUCUACUGUAGUCGUAUAUAGUCACAUGGUCAUAUACUGUAGUCAUAUAUAG